AUGUCAACAGAGAACGUUAAAGACAGUUUUGGAGCCUGUGCAAACAGAAAGCGACCACUGGUUUCAAUCGAUAAUCUUGAGGACAAUAUAAAAAUAAUAAAAGCAUCGAGAAGGUUGGAUUAUCACUCCUCCCAACUACAGGUAAUUUAUUAAUUAAACUUGAAACCCUUGUUUUAUUUACAUUUUUGGCACACAAAAGUAUAAUACAGGCAAGAAACUUCCCAAGACUUCGUCAAUGUUUUUAUGUGAUAUAUGCAUAAUUUGUCAUACCAGUGUCCAGUGAUUUAUAGUGAAUCACAAAUGGGCAAAAUGGCACUGCCAGCAAUAUGUAUUAAUUAAACAUAAAAGGGAUCUAUAUUUUACUAUUUGUCAUUACAGCAUGCUACACAGUACACUUUACAGGAAUAAAGACCAUAGAUAAUGAUAAAUCUUGAGGCUAAUAUACAUGAUCAUUUUUAAAUCUGUGACAGGAAAACAAGUCGCCUUUAGCACCCUCACAGUCUCAUCAGACAGGCAAUGAAGGACCAAAGAGCCAGCAUAUUCCUUGGACCACAAGAGAGGACAAAGCACUUGUUCAGUUUGUAUCGUUGCACAAAGAUGAACAACCUACCGAUAUUGUCUGGCCUGCAAUGAAAGCAUCUCAUCAAUAUUGGCAUAAAGCGGCAAAAUAUGUACAGGAAACUGCUUCAUCAGAAAAGCGAACUGGUAAGAUUGCCACAGCUUAGUAGAAACUAUGGUGAUGAGAUUGAAAGCAAUAAGAAAUAGUGAUAAUUAACCAUAAGUAUGACAGUUGAUAUAGUACACAAGGUCGAUUAAUUGAGGAAAAUUCAGUGUUUAUUGAGUGCUGUGUUGGUUCCACAACCUGACACCAACCGAUUGUCAAUAACCAUUGAAAGAGAAAGUUAUGCAACAGUUUUUACAUUGGUAAUCACCAACUGUUCAACAGUCAGAACCAAAACCAACAUCACUUUCCCUGUUUUCACAAAUAAAUUUGUUAAUAUGUAGCUUACUCUGUAAUUUGUUAGAGCGCUCUGUUCGUCAAAGAGUUGUCAACAUUUUAAGGCCAAAAUUUAAGACAAUUGAAGAAGCUGAAAAAGGGUAUGGAUUGACCAUUGACACCAUCCUGGAUGGAGAUUUUCUGAAUGAGAACUCGGAAACACCGACAAGUAUGCUAAAUACCCCAACAUUUCUUGUCUCACGUUUGAGCAAGCUUACACCCGAGCAGCUUGAAGAUGUGGUUAAAGAAGGCCUUGGACUCCUGCAUCCCAACAUGCUUGUUAAUGUUCUGUCAGAAGUCUUACUAAAGAUCCAAUUAUCAAAUAUGAAAGAUGUGGAACGUGUUACACUGCCAAUGUUUUCUGCACUUGGAAAGGAAUUUUGGAUAAGUUGUUUUCUAAUCUAUCUCAUUCAGUUGGUCUUAUCGGUAACUGUUCUAAUUUUGUCAAUUUAUCCAUUGAAGCAAUGAAAGUUUUGCAGGAUGCAAAAAAAACACAACCUUGUCUAUAAAUGGUCACAGUGCAUUGUUGGAGAAAAUGGAACACCAUUAAUACCACUGAAUAGAAUGCCAUUUGGAUUAAUAGAAUACCAGUUGGAGUUUUUCACUGCAACAAAUGUUAUGCAGGUAGGUGUAGAAUAUUUUAAAACUAUGGUGUAAAAGGUGUAAAACUAUGGUCUACAGGUAGAAAUUGCUGGUAGAAAGGAUUUUCCACUGGGCACUGUACACUAGUCUGAUACAUUGUCCACUGAUCCCUUAGGAUAUAUAUGAAUAAGUAAUUAGAUUGAUUAAAUACAUAUUGAUCUAUACAUGUAUUUCUCUUGUGUAGGUUAAAGAGCCUGAGGACUUCAGGUUGUGGCGUGAAACAAUGGAAACUGAGUUUCCCAGCCGCUUCAAGCGUCUUUUUGCUGGUCCUUUAUGGAGUGGUGGAGGAAAGGAUGUCACAAAGGAUCCUAAAAUG